ACGCUUGUGCGGCAAAGGAUUUUGGAAUGCCCUCAGAUUUCAAACGAUUUCAAACAUAACCCGUACUCCAUAGACAACUAACACAAUCUGUAAACGUUGAAACAAGUAGGCAAAGAAUAUCUGGAAUCUAACGUAGAUUCGUAACUGAAAAAUAACUGAGGCACCCAAAGAAAAUGGCAGGUAUAUUUGACUUGUUUGGAAAGACCGACGAUCCUAUUCAGCGUGCUCCAAUCAUGCCAGAGCACGGGAGAGCAUCCAAGCAACGUAAUCAUCUGGAAGGUCCGGUUGCCACGCCUGUAAAAUUGUUCGGAACCAACAACGGAUGUAAACCCAAAGGAUUAUCGAUGCGCUCCUACUCUGACCUCAACAUUAAUACUGCAAGUUCGAAGUCCUCAAUGAGUUUGAAAAAUAAAAAACAAACGGAAACCUUGAAGCCGUCGGUAACUCAGAUGGACUUGGAUGGGAAACCUGUAUCCCCUAGAUCCAAAAGCCAGCAAUUCCUGAAGGUUAAGGAUCUGAAGCCGCUAUCAACGAAGACCUCUUCCCCAAAAUCCAAAUUUCUCGAAGUCAACUCUGUUGUCAAACUACAUAAAAACGAUGUCUUUAAAAAACCAUUGACACCUACUGUUAUCAAAAAUACGAGAUCAUCCUCACAACCAGAGCCAGAAAAACUGGCUUUCUAUUACGACGAAGAAGAGAACUAUAUGAACACCGAUGAUCAACCUACUGCUCCUGAUUUUGAAGAAUUAGUAGCUAACUUUACUCGGUCAAUUCAGACUUACGACGAUGAAGGUUUUGAAUCUGAUCCUGAAAUGUUACCUUUCCCUGUAUUACCUGAGCUCAAGCUACGUGCAUGUUUAAAGUCCGAACAGGAACUUGACGAAGACUCGCUAAGUCUUCCAGAUAUUUCAGACAAUGACGAAUUUUAAUGAGAGCUGAAAAUAUUUCGAUACCUGUACAUUAUCGACAAGUUAUUGUUCACUAUGAGAAUCGAAGGCAACUAAAUACUUGUAUUCGCUGCAAACCAGAUUUUUCAUUGAUUUAUCUGGGUAAAAAUAAAAUGAAGGAUUGGUCGUACCAGUCUGAUCAAUUA